AUUUCCUUCUCAUCAAACCCAACGACACAUGCACUGCGCGACACUGCUGAGCUACUUGCGGGCACCUCCUAUGACAACCACACAUUUGUGUUUGUGCUAGGUGAAGAUGGAUGGGCAAUGGGACCGAAUCGUCGUCUCUUGUUCUGGGUACCACCCGCUUCCCGAAAACUAUUCUAUAAUCCUUGGACUGUAUUAGUGAUACCCAGAGGCGGUGUUGAGCUUGACUUAAGUUGCAUGGCACAUGGGACACGCUGGCAGCACUGC